AUUAUGGUAAUAAGGUCCUUUACAUGUUUGUAAACAAACCGUUACUGUCAAAUUUUGUGUUUCGCACAAGCCUGUCAAAUAAAUGCAAUUCAAUCUCACUGAUUAAAUUUAGGCCGCAAGAUAAAAGAAUAUUCGUCCGCUGGUAUCAAAGAACUCCAAGCAUCUUUAUUCCAAAUGUACUUUUUUUUGUUGUUGUGUAAUGAAGGGAAUUGCUACACUUUCGGAAAAUCUGGAAAGUGAUUGUUUUUCGAAAUGCCCAGAAAACGCAAAUCUACUCUUUCGAAGAGGAGUAAUAAAGCUCGGGCUAUGAAAGUAGCUAGAAGACCUGUUUGCAAGUUUAGUGAGCACUUGCGGACUUCAAACCCCCUCCAGCUGUGGGACAAAUACAAGGACGCUUUCUCAAAAGAUAUCGUGCAUAGGCUGGAUGGCACUCACAAUAACCUAAUCAUUAACGAAGCUUUGGUAUUGAUUGAGGAUAAAAUUAUUUCCAUAUCUGGAAAAUGUCUCACUGAUUUCGGCCUAACCUCAGCGCAGAGAAGAGAUGAAUUAUCAAGCGAAGUUGUGAAGGAGCAAAACUACGACACCGUGGUUUUAGAAGCGCAGGUCAAUGAAAUGAUACCACGAUUAUUUUCCGAGCAGCGUCAAAUCUACAAAACGAUUCUGAACCGAGUAAAUAAUGGAGAGGAGGGAUUAUUCUUUCUUGACGCACCAGAGGAUACGGGUAAGACGUUUGUACUGAAUCUCCUGCUUGCCCAACUCCGCAAGGACCGCAAUAUAGCUCUGGCUCUAUCUUCCUCUGGCAUUGCUGCAACUUUGCUUAACAGUGGCUAUAUUGAACAUUCCGUUUUCAAAUUGCAGCUUAAUCUUGCAAACGAAUAUACCCCAAAAUGCAACAUCACCAAAAACAACGACCGGGGAGUCCUUUUGCAGCAGUACAUAACAUAACGCCAUCCUGUGCCCCCGGUGCCUAUAACACUAAGUUAUCUAACCAGUUGGAUGAGCACAAGAUGGAAGGGAAAAAAAAAGAAAGAAAGAAGAUAAAAAGAAAGAGACGACAGACCAUCCAGGGUUCUCCAGAGAGAAUCACAUUGGUGUCAAAUCCUACAUGACUAUAUUCAAUAUUUUGGUGAUGUAAUAA